AUGCCGGGGCUACCAGAACAAAUAUAUUGCGCAGAACAAAUUUCGAUACCUCCAGCUUUUCCUUAUUUAUUGAGACAAUAUGCCAAAGCGGCUAUUAGGAGUCAACCAACAGAUUUGUUACAAUGGUCAACGGCAUACUUUCGGUGCUUGUCUUUGAAUAUUCCGCCUCCUGUGAAACCACGUCUGGAAUAUCCAAUCCCAAGAGAUCACUAUGGUAUAACACCUGGAUGGUUGAAAGCUCUCCUUUAUCAACUUUCCAGUAACAAAACUAUUAAUUUUAAAAUAUUAUGGGAUAGAUGGAUUGGUGCUUGUUUAUCUCAUCACACUCUAAUACAGAUAUUGUGCUUAGGAGGGUUUGAUAACCCUAAAGAAAUACCUUGGCUGAGAUUUAUAGGACUUUGUGCAGCUCAUUUGACGGAUGAUUUAACUAGUUCUAUGAAAUUAAUUUGUGAAAUAAUGACUGAUGAACCUGAAGGUGGAUCAGCUAUGAUACCAUUAGCAACAUUUAUGGAUUUAUACACUUUCUUAGCCAAGAUUGAUGCCUCCAAAGGUCAAAUGUUGAAAAAUAUCUAUUUCACCGAUUCUCUUCUGAGUUUAUAUAGAGAAAUUUCUGAAAAAGAGGUUAAAGAAGAAGUAAAAGAGGAAGUGGUGUUAGAAGAAGAAAGUGAGAAGAGUCAGCUGUCUGAAAAAUCUGAAUCAGAGGAAGUGGAAAAAGAGAUGAGCAAAGAAGAAAUAUCGUGUCCAAGUCUAGUAGGAGACGAUCAGUAUUCCGUAGAUUAUUACAUCGAUCAUGUGGCUGUUGAAGAAGAGCACGAUGAAGCCGAAGAAGCUUCGACUGGGGCAAUUGAGCUUCCUGCAUAUUUAAAAGAGCCUUCAGGAGGAGAAAUGGGAGAAGUUGACGAUAUGUCGCCGGAAUUAAUGUACGCUCAAAGAAUGUUCGAAAUGGAAGGAGAAGGUGAAUUUCAAGGAGAUGCUCUGUAUGAUAUUAUCGCUGGUAAGGAUGUGAAAGCCAAAUUAGAAGGAAGUGAGGAACCUUGUCCUCAAGAAUCUGUUGAUACUAUAAUCGAAGAACCGAGAAAAAUUGUACCAUAUGAUUUUGAAGAUGAAAAAACGUUGCUAGAAGAUUUGGAACGACUUAAAGCACUACAACAAGAAAUUCCUGGUGAAGCUGAUGAAGAAAUUGAAAAAUUCAAGUGCAGACUUAUAGCUGAGAUGCCUCUUACUGAUUCUCAAAACUUGGCUAUUGAACAGUUCAAAGAAAAGGAAAUUGAAGAUAAACUUGAUGAAGUCGAAGCAGAAGAAGAAAAAAGUGAGGAGGAACAAGUGGAAAAGGAAGAUUAUGAAGAAAUUUGGGUAGAUAAAGUACCCGGUAUUGGUCCAGUUGUACCUGAUUCGUUAAUAAAUGCCGUUGAAGAAUAUAUGAAGGAUGUUGCCGCCAUUCAACACAAUAUGGUUAUGCCGCGAAACAUUAGACAUUAUAACUGCCCUCCGUUAGAACUUGUAGAAGCCUAA